GCGGCCGCGGCCUGGCCCGGUGUCAUGGCGGCGACGGUGGCGGCCAGCCCGGUCCCGCCCGUCGCCCGCGCUCCGGAGGUCGAUCCUGCCGCCUGCGAGGUAGCCAGCAGCGCCCUGCGCUGUCUGACCGGGCUGGUGGGGCAGCUUAAUCUCGGAGAGGAUAUUGUGAAAGUUGUAAUCGAUUGGAGCAAGCUUCAGAGCACAUCAGCACUUCAGCCAACCUUGCUCUUUAGUGCACUUCAGCAGCAUAUUUUAUGUUUACAGCCUCUCUUGGAAAAACUCCAGUCAUUGAUCAAAGAGGAAAAUGUAGGCCAUGUUGAACCUGCAGGUAAAACAGAAAGCCAAACAAGUUUAGAUGUUUAUGAUGGUAAUAGUCAGACUGAAGAAAAAUAUGGAAGUUAUGACUUGAGAGAUCUGAAGAAUGCUCAUUUCAAUUUUGAUCCAGAAGUGGUACAAAUAAAAGCUGGAAAAGCAGAAAUUGACAGGCGGAUAUCAGCCUUCAUCGAGAGGAAACAAGCCGAGAUCAAUGAAAAUAAUGUCAGGGAAUUUUGCAAUGUUAUUGAUUGUAAUCAAGAAAAUAGCUGUGCCAGAACAGAUGCGAUUUUCACACCCUAUCCUGGAUUUAAAAGUCAUAUAAAGGUUUCUAGGGUAGUAAAUACAUACGGACCUCAGACUAGAUCUGAAGGAAUGCAUGGGUCCAGUCACAAAGCCAGUGUACCCAUGCACGAUUGUGGAAACCAAGCUGUUGAGGAGAGAUUGCAAAACAUUGAGGCACACUUACGGUUACAAACAGGGGGUCCAGUACCAAGAGACAUCUAUCAGAGAAUUAAGAAGCUUGAAGAUAAGAUCCUUGAGCUGGAAGGAUUGUCUCCUGAAUAUUUUCAAUCUGUAAGCUGUUCUGGCAAGAGGAGAAAGGUUCAAUCUCCCCAUCAGAGCUAUUCACUUGCUGAACUUGAUGAAAAGAUCAAUGCUAUAAAACAGGCAUUACUGAGGAAAACAAAAGAAAGCAAGUUCAAGGAGGCUGAGCAGCUUCUUCGAUAAAAGUGUUUUCAGAAUCCUCAUCGUGAUUUACACAUACCUAAACCAUAGACCUGAGUAGUGUUCAUCAGAGAUGACUAGCAAUGAAGAUAAAGCAUGCGUAUAUGCUCCUUUUGGAUGAUCUUGAAAGCUUUCUUUCAGAGUAACUUGUUUAAAAGCAGCCUUAUUAAUUAAAUAGAUACUUUAAAAUGAAGAAUGUUUCAGGAAUGUCAUUCUAAUAAUCGGUUCCCUUCUGUUAUAAAGGAGGACUGCAGCAUUGUUUGUAUAUGAAAAGUCUUAACCUGCAUUUAAAAGCUACAUCUCAUGUGUAAUUCUUGGUGACUAAGUAUUCAAAAGGACUAUCUUUUGGAUACUGUUCAUGUAAGUAGUUUGCAUAGACUUGUGAAAUUGAAUUAAAUACUUCCUCAGAAACUGACUUUGGAAAAAAAUUACCAAAGCCUUGCAGAAUGUAUGCUUACCUGUGGAUUUUUUCUGUAUUUGUCACUGUUUUCACAGCUGUUAGAAAUGCAGCAAAUUGCAUUUCUGUGUGACAGGUGUUUAUGGAAAUCCUAAUGUGUAAAUAAAAACAGCUAUUCUUCACUUUUUCGUGUCUUGCGGGAAUUCAAAUUUCAUAACCUGUUCACAAGGUUCAUAACCUGUUCUAAAAACCAUCCCAGAGGAGAUUUUGAGGAGCAUGCCAUCAAGGCACCAACUUCCCUUCCAUAUGCAUGCUUACAUGACUUUUGAAGCAUGGAUGCUGGCUUAAAGUCUGACCUUUGGCCAGACAGUGAAGUUGUGAUGUGACUUUUUGUUGGGUUUUGUUAAUUUGUUUGUUUUUAAUAAACCAUUUUCUAUUUAUACAA